AUGGAAACCAAAAAAUUAAUUGGCAAAUCGCUUCAACCAGCAAGACCUGUUCGUCACCUGACUUCUCCCUCUGGAGCAGUAUUCCCUUUCAACUUCCAAAGUGAAUAUCCAUGCAGCACUCAGUACUUACAAGGUGGAGUUAGCCGAUGUAAGACAAAUGGAAUGCAAGCCUUUUCUCAAGGUCUCAGUGAGCAACAGCAACAUCAGUCUCCAAUUAAAAAAGAGAGAAUUAAAUACAGCAGAGAUUUCCUGUUGAAGCUCUCAAGUGUUUCCAUCUGCAGGAAAAAGCCAGACUUUCUGCCUGAUCAUCCCAUUGUACUUCAGAAGCCAGAAGACAACCAAAGUUUUAAGGAGCACUUUAAGAACAGAUGAAUUUGAAGAUAAAGAAUUAUUUAUUUUAUGUUUUGGACACCUGCAAAUGAAGUGGAUCUACUAACAAUAACUGUAAUGGACUAUGACAAUUCAAUUUAUUUUUAAUUUUGAUGGUUGGGUAUUUGGUUUCUUCUAAAAUGAGAGAGAGAUAUUUUAAACUAUAAAGAAUUUUCUAAUCACUUUCAGCUUUUCAGGCAGUUUCCUAAACAAACUGGGAAGAAGCAGUCACAGACAAAAUGCAGUUAGUGACCUGGGAAGACUGUAUCUAUAAUUUGUAUGCUACUUUCAGUUUUUUGUUUUUCAUCACUUGUAAUAAUGGAAUGGAAAUGUAAGCUGUAAAGAUUCUCAAAUAUAAAGUAUUUGCUGCAAUACACAUAUGGCACAUAACGUCUUGUUGCUGAAGUGGCUUCUGGUUGUUUCACACUGAUGUCCAACCAGCACCUGACAGGUUCUGCAGAGCUAAGGAUGAGUCAGGUGUUCAGUGCAGAGUCUCAGUGAUACAGGGAAAAUAUUUUAAUAGGCUUUUCAAAUACAUGUUUUUAAUAAAAUUAAGAUUCACAAUUACUAGAAACGGUGGACAGCUUGGAAACAGUGGCAGUGAAUGAAACUGUAGGUGAAAAUGCUGCUACUUGUGUCACUGAUCAGACCUUAUGAAUAGAAGUUAAUUGCAAAACACAUUGUUUCCAAAGAGGAAAAAUUUAGGUAUUUGAACAAUUGCGGUACGUUAAGAUUCAGUUCUCUAAUUUCUUAUAACAAGAACACAUAUAGAUGAAAAUUUUAGGAGUUUAAACUUUUAGCUCCUCAAACUUUUAUACAAUCUUUAGAAUUUGUCGCUUUGGAUGUUACUUCUAAAAGUUUCUCCACAGUGCCAAAAAAUAUUGCUGAUAUAAAGGUAAGUGUAAACUCUCCUUCCUUCUGUUCUCUGUGUCUCUCAUCCUCGGAUCUACUGGGACAGCAUUUGAGGCUAUAAUUUGGCAGAAAGUUGACCUUAGAUUGAGAUCUACACUCCUGAAAGCAGGACCUUUUUGCUCACUGGCCUUCGAGCUUGUUACCCAGAUUAAAGCUUUCAGUCCAUGGUAGGUCUCCCACCUUAGCUUUCAGUACUCACCCUAUUUUUCAUGACUCUAUUCCCCAGACAAAUAGAUUGUGUUUCUA